CAAGUGAUAGACGCAAUCACUACGCAACAAUCAAACGUACAAUAAACGUGUGUUUAAUUGUGUGAUUAAUUGAUGUGAAAAUGAGUGAUGAAAAAGUCAUUUUAAGUGCCACAGCAGUGCUGGAUGCGCUGACGGGUGAGCUGGUGAUAAGACCGGAGGAUCGUGCCUUACUUUGUUUCAUUUCUUAUUCCAACGGAGACGAAGACGUACGUUACGUCUCACCUGACGAGAUGACAAUUAAGAUACCCACUUUUUCGAAAGAUGAAUUAUCAUUUCUUCAGCCGUCUACUUCAAAUAAUAUUGAAGUAGACAAUUAUUUGAUUAACGAGUGCAAUAACGAUAAAUAUGACGAUGCUUUUGUCGAUGGCGAUCAAUAUGAUAGCGGUCAUGGCCAUGAAGAUAAUUGUGGCGAUGUCGAUGAUAACAACAAUCAGGAUAAUGAAAAUGAAAUGGAUCUCGAAAUUGAAUUAGCGAAAUUCGUGAAUAAGGGAAAGAAGAAAAGUGCGGACAAACGGCCAAACCAACUUUUUCCAGACGAUUGCGAUGUUGAAAAUAAAGAGAAUAACGUGUCAAAAAAAGUUCGUUCAACUUGGACGCCGGAAAUGACCCUUGCCUUAAUUGAAAAUUAUUCAAAGACAAAAGCUAAAAGUAAUUUAAAAGGCGACAGAUUUUGGAUGAAAAUUUCGGAAAUCAUGCACGAACAAGGAUAUAAAGUUGAUGGACGCAUCUGCGAGUCGAAAUUUGAUGGGCUUCAAAGAACUUACAAAGGAAUCAUUGAUAAGAAGAAACAAACCGGCACGAGUCCGCAAAAAAAAUGGCAAUUUUUCGAUGAAAUGGAUUUGCUUUUGUUCAAGAAACCUGAAAUUCAGCCGCCAGCAGUUGCCAGCAGUUUGCAGGGCUACAAGAGAAAAAUUGCUCGCGAGAUCGACGAAAAUAAAAGUGCAGAAAGUAAACCGAAGAAGCGAACUGUGACAAAGGAACGUCCAAUGACGUUAAGAGAGGUGAACGAUGAUGCAAAUAUUCGGUUUCAAGCAACUUUACAAAGGAAAGACGAAUUCUUGGAUAUAUUGAGAGGUUUCUUUCAAGCUGAAAAGAAAAAACCCAAAGAUCCUGAAAAAGAUUAAGCAAAUGGAAUUUCCAGUUUUGUUGUUUCAAGAAAAAUUUUUAAAAAACCCUACUGAAAAUCCCUGUAUAAGAUCUUGUACAAUUUCCUGUACAGGAUCAGCAACUGAACUUGUACAAGUUCUGACCAGUUCCUGUACAGGAAAAUGCAUACGAAUUUGGAACAAGUUCAUGCGUGAGAUCUUGUACAAGAUCUGGUGCAAGAUCUUGUACAAGAAAGAUACUUGUACAAGAAAAUGUACAUGAUCUUGUACAAUUUUAUGUAUAAGUACUUGUACAUGAACACGUUCAUGUUCUUGCACAUGAAAUAGUUGUAAAAUUUUUUUUUUUAAUAAAAUUUGAGAUUUUGAUAAUUUUUAACCACUAAGAUUCGUAACUCAUGCAUGCUAAAAACUAUUGCGCAGCUGUAAAGGUUAAAGUAAACUAUUGCGCAGCCUUUGAAGUUUUUAAUUUUUAGUAAAGAAAAACAUGAAUUAACAUGUGCAAGAACAUGGACGUGUUCAUGUACAAGUACUUAUACAUGAAAUUGUACAUGAACA